AUGAUUUUAUAUGGCAUAUGCGAUUGGUUCGGAUCCAUCGACUACAAUGACCUCGCCAACAUUUGCAACCGGUGCUGGCACGAACUGCAGGGCAAUCGCGAGCAUUGGGCUGUCAUCGCAUUGACUUCAAUUGUGCUAUAUAAGAUAUUGGCGUGGGUGUGGUACUACGUGGGCGGUUUUGGAUGGCUAGAAUGUUUUAGGAUGGUUAGGAACCAGACCCUAGGUCCGAUGUUCAGAACCUUAUCGUCGUCAUUUUUGCUGAGGGAUAAGGUGGACAAGGAGGUGGAAAAGUCGCUAGCUAGCCUCGAGAAGAGCCUCAUGAAAGAUGACGAUCGUUUGACGCAAUUUGCGGAGUUGCCAGCCGAUGGCUGGAGCGAUCAAGAUGUGCUCAAUGAACUAGAUUUGUCCCAGAACGUUCUGGCCCACUCAGACUGGGAAGGCGGUAAGGUCUCAGGGGCUGUUUAUCACGGGGGCCAAGACCUUAUUCGACUUCAAAGCCAGGCAUUUGAAAAAUACUGCGUUGCAAAUCAGCUGCACCCCGAUGUGUUUCCCGCGGUGCGUAAGAUGGAGUCUGAAGUGGUGUCCAUGGUAAUGAAAAUGUUCAAUGCUCCGGAAUCUGAUGGUGCGUGUGGUACCACCACCUCCGGUGGAACGGAAUCCCUACUGUUGGCCUGCCUCAGUGCUAAGAUGUAUGGACUGCGCAAAAAGGGCAUCCGCAAGCCAGAGAUCAUUGCUCCAACCACGGCCCACGCCGCAUUUGACAAGGCAGCUUACUAUUUCGGUAUUACCUUGAGACAUGCGCCUCUCGAUGCCAAGACUUUGAAAGUGGAUUUGACGAGGGUGCGCAGAUUGAUCAACAAAAACACCAUUUUACUUGUAGGGUCUGCUCCCAACUUUCCGCAUGGUAUCAUUGACGACAUUGAGGGACUCGGUAUGCUGGCCCAAAAAUACAGCAUACCACUACAUGUCGAUUGCUGUUUGGGUUCUUUUGUGAUAGCGCACAUGGAAAAAGCAGGAUUCAAGGAUUUACCACCAUUCGACUUUCGGGUGCCUCAAGUGACAUCCAUCUCAUGCGAUACACACAAGUACGGUUUUGCUCCUAAGGGCUCAUCUAUCAUUCUCUACAGAAACCGCGAACUACGCAUGCAUCAGUAUUUCUUGUCAUCAGACUGGGUUGGGGGUCUUUACGGGUCUCCCACUCUGGCUGGAAGCCGGCCUGGCGCUCUGGUUGUUGGCUGCUGGGCAACUAUGGUCCGCAUGGGAGAGCGAGGAUACGUCGACUCCUGCAGAGAAAUUGUUCAUACCGCCAGAAGACUCAAGAACUUCAUUCACGACAAUAUUCCAGAGCUUCAAAUCCUUGGUGAUCCUCUUUGCUCCGUGGUAUCGUUCACCUCUGACAAAAUAAAUGUCCAUGAGCUGUCUGAUCGGUUGGCUCAGCAGGGGUGGCACUUCAGCGCUUUACAAAACCCUCCUGCUCUACAUUUGGCAGUUACGUGGCUAACGAGACCUGUGAUGUCUGAAUUGACCCAAACCCUACAAAGUCUAGUCAAAGAGCUUAGCGCAAAUUCAGACCAAAAACCUUCUUCUAACGGCACUAGUGCUUUGUACGGUGUCGCAGGCAGUGUACAAACUAAAGGCGUGGUCGAUCGACUUCUCGUUGGAUUCCUCGAUACUCUAUACAAAACAAAGCAUGAAUUUUAA